AUGUUGGUUUGGUGGAUUUCGGCCAUCGCCCUGCUUUGGAUUUGCCUUGCACCAGUCGCAAUCUACUUGCACGACCCUAAACGUCUGCGCAAGUACCCAAACCAGAAUUUUCUAUCUGGUCUCACGAGCUUAGCAUAUGUCUACGAACGUCGGAACCACUUUCGAACUAGAGAGCUUCAUGUCCACCAUAAGAAGCAUCCCAUUCUCAGAACCGGCCCAACAGCGUUGUCAUUUUCCAGCGUGGCAGCGAUCAAGGACAUCUAUGGACACGGCUCACCGUGUCUCAAAGACGAUGUAUACAAGUCAAUCAGCGGGGAUCAUCCCCAUGUCCUCAAUGUGGUUGAUAGGGAUGACCAUGCUCGCAAGCGCAGGAUGCUGUCGAAUGCAUUCGCAGCGCGAAACUUGGAGCAAUGGGAAUUUAAGAUCACGGAUAAAGUUGAGAAACUGGUCACUCAAUUUGAUCGACACUGUACCAGCCCGCUGCCUGUUGGUGCUUCUGUGAGCUCCGAUGAUUUGACGAUCGAUUUUCGAUGGUGGUCAAACCUUUUCACAUUCGACGCGAUCGCUGCUAUUGCCCUGAGCGAGCGACUGGGCCUGAUAGAAACGGGAAACGACGUGGUGAAUGGUGAUAUGGGUCACGGAGUGAAGAGUCUGGGAUUGAUCGAUAGCCUUCAUUCUGGAGGGCGAGUAGUCUCGCGGUUCGUGGGAGCAACCGACUGGUUUCACCUGCUGAAAGGCUUGUAUAAGAUCUUUUCUCCGCAUUUCAAGGCCCACGCAGACGACUUUGGGAAGAUAGUCAGAUUGUUGACGGAUCGGAGAAUGAAAAUAUAUCAUGAUGGCGCUAAGCGGGAUGACUUUCUGAGUUGUCUGAUUGAGGACAAAGCAGGAAAGCAGCGGGGUCUGCUUCGGAAGGAGAUUGAGGCUGAGACGAGUAUCCUCUUGGAUGCCGGGUCUGACACGACAGCAAUCGCGUUGACGAAUGUACUCUACUACCUGAUCAAGCACCCCGCUGCUCUCAGCAAGCUCAGAAUGGAAGUAGAUGGGGCACUGAGCGGAGGAAAAGUCGCCCCCUUUACGAAAGUGAAAAGUCUUCCGUACCUGAAAGCAUGUCUUGACGAGUCGCUGCGACUUUCUCCGCCUGUUCCCAGAGGACUUGAGAGAAAAACACCUCCAGAGGGCAUGAAGAUCCUCGGAAAGCAGAUAGCAGGCGGCAUCACAGUGUCUGUGCCAGCAUACAUUGCCCACCGCGACCCGAGUCUAUUUUCUGAGCCAGACGAGUAUAUACCUGAAAGGUGGCUCGGCGAGUCUGAAGAACCAAAGGACAUGAGGGCUGCUUUUAUACCCUUCACGACUGGGGCUCGGGCUUGCCUAGGGCGGAAUAUCACCAUGAUGGAGCAGCAGAUCCUGAUUGCAACAUUGGUCCAUCGAUAUGACUUUGCACUUCUUUCUCAGGACUGGAGUUUGGAUUGGGAGGAAGCAUUCAACUUGUGGCCGUUCCAAAUGCCCUUGAAGAUAUGGAGGCGCAAAAUUUAA